ACACCCAAGUACUUUUGCCGUCAUCCCUGUAAAUUUGAUCGUGUUUUGAUUAAAAGUGCAAAGUCUGAUCAGGUCGUCUCAAAUGGAAGAUACUCUGUGAUUGAUAUUGUGAGUGGACUGUUCUUUACUGUAACCAUCAAACAUCUCAGACUCACAGACGCUGGUGUUUAUUACUGUGGAAUUGAUCAAUGGUUCAAUGAUGUUCAUCACCUCUAUGAUGAAAUUGGGACUGAGUACAGUCUGGUUGGCCCAGCUAGAGAUGGCAAUUCUUCUAUAAUAUGUUCCACCGUGCAGCAUUGUGAUCCUGCACCUCAGAAUGAUAUGAACGCUUUGUAUUCACUUAUCACACACCACUGAGGAUAAAUGACUGUCAGUAUUAGUCUCUCCUCAAAAAUGUCACUCUUAAAACCCUGUUGACAUGAAAUGGUGCAUGUGGUCAGCAUGCUUAAAAAAAAGCCUGCAAACAUCCUGUUGUUAACGCAUGGGCCAGGCUGUGGAAAAA